GCUUCGCAAUCUAUGUAACCCCACAUUUGAAUUUCUUCACACCACACGCAGAAGCAUCGGAGAUUUGCAGAGGAGAAGACGGUGGUAAGCAUGGGUGCAGUGAACCUCUUGAACGCCAUAGAAUUCUCGGAUGAAGUUCGCAAUGGGUGUGACAUUGAGGUGGUUCGUUCUUCACUCGCUGUCGAUCAUACCCUUCCUUUGCCGGAGAUGAAACCUCAACUCGUAGAACUUUGCAAGGAUCUUUUCAAGCAGUGGUCAAAUUUAGAUGAAUCACACUUCUCUACUGAGAAAGUUUCUGGUGGAAUUACAAAUCUUUUACUUAAGGUAUCUGUAAAAGAAGAAAAUGGGAAUUGGGUUCAUGUAACAGUUAGAUUAUAUGGUCCAAAUACUGAAUACGUUAUCGAUCGUGAAAGAGAACUACAGGCUCUUCAUCACCUCUCAGCUGCUGGAUUUGGUCCCAAAUUAUUAGGAGUAUUUGAAAAUGGAAUGGUGCAAUCCUUUAUACAUGCACGUACUCUAGAAACAAAAGAUAUGAGAAAUCCAAAGUUGGCAGGUGAAAUUGCAAAACAACUUAAUAGUUUCCAUCAAGUAAAAGUUCCAGGAUCCAAGGAACCCCAGCUGUGGAAUGACAUUUUGAAAUUUUAUAAAAAAGCAUCCAAGCUUACUUUCGAUGAUUGUGAAAAGCAGAAAAAAUACACACAGAUUUCAUUUAAAGAAGUUGAAGUUGAAGUUCUUGAACUCAAGGAAUUGACAGGUCAUCUUAAAUCCCCUGUGGUGUUUGCUCAUAACGAUUUGCUUUCUGGGAAUCUUAUGUUUAAUGAUAAUGAAGAGAAACUUUACUUCAUAGAUUUUGAAUACGGAUCCUACAGUUAUAGAGGCUUUGACAUUGGAAAUCACUUCAAUGAAUAUGCUGGAUACGAAUGUGACUACACACUGUACCCAAAUAAGGAUGAACAAUAUCAUUUUUUCAAACACUACUUAAACCCUGAAAAACCAAAUGAGGUUUCGGAUAAUGAUGUGGAAACACUGUAUGUGGAAACUAGCCUUUAUAUGUUGGCUUCUCAUUUGUAUUGGGCUUUAUGGGCUUUGAUCCAGGCGAAAAUGUCACCGAUUGAGUUUGAUUAUCUUGGUUAUUUCUUUAAGAGAUAUAAUGAAUACAAGAGGCAAAAGGACGUGUGUUUUUCUCUAGCAAAGUCUUACAAUUACAAAUCUUGAUAUGAGACAUCCAUGUAAACGUGGGGUUUUGGAAAAAGGGAGUUUUUUUUAGCUUCUAUAUAUUCAAAACUUGAUAAACACAACGAAAUUCAUUAGGAUUUAGAAGAAAUCAUUAUCAAUGGUUAAUAAAACAUGGAAAAUAGUGUAAACUUCAUUUGUAAUCAUGAAAUCUAUAUAUGUGAUCGAUAAAAUAUGUUGGUUGUAAUAAUAGACAAUAAAACGUAACACUAGCUUCUUAUUUAUUGCCUUUUGGUUGCCUUUCAAUAUUUUUGAUAGGUUUGAUGUUCAGUGAUAGUACUUUGAAUCUUCGGUUAAGAUUCUAUCAAAUUAAAAUUUAGAUGAGUCUUGAGUUUUCAAGAAUUAUAGUAUUUGGAUUAUGAGGUUUCAUAGUAUUGAAGGUUUGCAUGAAUCUUGAGUCUUGAAGAUUCAAAAUAACAUUUAGAUAUGUUGGAUUGUCGUAAAAAUAAAAUUAAAAUGAUCAAAAAUAUGAAAAGUUGAGAUUGAAUGUGAAAAUAUGUAGAUAUUUGACACUAUUUGUAAGAGAGAGAAAAAAAAAGGGUUCGAACUUUAUACUUUUAUGUGUAUGAGCAGAUGUAGAUU